CAAGAACAAGAUGAACUCUAAUUUGUCAGAAACAUCUUCGACUCCCACGUCCUCUGUGGCAGAAUUUACCAAGAAACCCGUUCGUGGCUGGCGUUUCUGGGCUAUGUUUCCUGGACUUUGUUUAACCUCAUUUAUCUGUGCCCUCAACUCAACAAUUCUCUCUACGGUACUUCCAGUUAUUGCCGCAGAUUUACAUUCAUCGUCACUUUAUGUCUGGACAGUCAAUGCAUACACUUUAACCUUUACCGCCGUUCAACCACUUUACGGGCAAUCUGCAGACGUGUUUGGGCGGAAGAAAACAAUAUUGACGGCUAUGAUACUAUUCAUGAUAGGCAGCACAAUCUGUGGAGGAGCACAGAAUACAGCCAUGUUAAUCGGUGGCCGUGUUAUCCAGGGACUUGGUGGUGGUGGACUCAGUAUCUUGCCAGCAAUGGUAGUAUGCGAUUUGGCACCACUGCGAGAACGUCAGAAAUAUACAGGGGUUGUAUACGCAUCCUAUGCCCUUGGUACUUUUCUUGGACCUCUUUGUGGAGGGGUAGGUUUUCAUUGAAAAGAACUUGGAGAACAAUAGGCUAAUUUCUGUUAGAUAAUUGUUGAUCAUACUGGAUGGCGUUGGGUCUUUUGGUUGAACCUCUUAGUCGCAGCGCUGGCCCUUACCUUGAUCAUAACGUUUGUAAAGCUGGAGGUUUCAGAGUCUCCUAUUGCAACCACCGGGUUCAAGACGGCUUGGAGACAACUAGCGGGAAUCGAUUAUAUCGGCAAUUUCCUUCUGAUGAGCGCAGUAACUUCAAUCCUCAUUGCUCUAGCGGGCACGGGUUCCAAAGAUGCCUCAAUAUCAUGGAACUCGUGGAACACUUUGGUACCGCUGCUGCUCGGUCUCAUAGCACUGCCCCUAUUUGUUCUUUACGAAGCAUCUCCAUUUUGCUCCAAUCCCAUGACACCUCUUCGCCUAUUCUCCAAUAUGACAUCUGGACUUUCUUUUUUCCUCGCUUUUCUCCACGGAUUGAUACUGUACUGGGCUACGUACUUCCUCCCAGUUUACUUUCAAGGAGUCCUGUUGAACUCUCCUCAGGAAUCUGGAAUCAAUAUAUUGGCAGGGGCUCUCCCUAUGGUGCCGUUCGGGAUUGCUGGCGGAUUCGUUAUCUCCAAGACCGGAAGGUAUCGUUUGAACCAGCUCAUAGGAUUUGCACUGGCUGCGACAGCUAUUGGGCUGUUCUGUGUGUUGGAUCAGCACUCAUCGGCACUAGGGUGGGUCCCACUUCAAAUAUUGUUCGCCGCAGGAGCCGGUAUCGUUCAAACUUCAACACUUCCCGCCAUUCAAGCUCCAUUGCCAGAGUCAGACGUUGCAAUGGCUACCGCAACAUGGGGUUUCGUUCAUGGGCUGGGUUUUGUGUGCGGUGUUGCUAUUCCUUCAAGCGUUUUUGAGACGAAGGCCCAGAGCCUUUUGCACACUAUUAGCGAUGUAGCUGUGAGAGAAGCAUUUCAACAAGCAGGAGCAUAUGAGCAUGCUUCGAGGGCCUAUAUCACAACUCUACGUGGUCCAAUCAGAGUACAGGUUAUUGAAUUGUUUCGGAACUGCUUAAAGCUUCUAUGGGGAGUGGGAACGGCGUUUGCUGUAUCAGGGGUAAUUGCCUCGUUUUUCGUCAAGGACGUUGUGCUGAGAGAAAGCUUGGAUACAAAAUACGGCUUUAAAAACGAGAAAGUCCAUGCAAGUGAUGAGUCUUUGCCUACGGCUGAACGCGUGAAUCAAUCAUGAGUCUUUAGACUCGUAAGAGGCAGGAAAAAAGCUUUUUGAAAAUAUAUGGACUUUCUGGGGAAUCCAAUAUCGAUUUCACAGACACUUUGUCUCUCGGGCAUUUAUGGAGUAGGUCAAGAUUUUGGCGGCAAGUUUUGAAGGGUUUGGGUAAAGCUGGAGACGAAAAUACGUUUGAAAUGGGAAGACUUGCUUGGGCUAUUAGAUAUAGGCAAAAAUGGGUGACCAAAAUAUGAUGAAUGCAUAUAGAGGGUGUUAACAGAAUCAGUUCCCG